UCUGUCAGCUCUCAUCUGUCAGCCCUCACUUUCUUUCCCGACCCCGGCCGGCUAGUUUUUAGCAUCUUGCGUCCCCCAUUGUCUCCUCGAAGUCUUAGGCGCCUGCUCCAAUGAGAGGGGAUCUGACUUAUGAGCUAUUUGUACUCGGCGCGCUAGCACGUAACGGCGAUUCCAAAGCUACGCUGACGCUGCGCCUGUCAUGCAGACACACCAGUAUCCCACGCCUCUUUCUCCAGAAACGCACGUGUAAGAAACGUUCCACCACGAGGCAACAAAUCCCAGCACUGCGUUUGUUACUGAAUGCGUACAGCCAUACACGCCUCCUCCCAUCUCGCAACACUUUUUUUUUAACGCACCAAAUGACAACAAGCCCACGGAUGCGGAUGACCGUCCCUCAUCCGCAAGAUCCAGAGUCUCUAGCUGAUGCCCGUCCUCUUCAUUCAACGAGGACGAUGACUGGCAACCAUUACCUCAUGCUGCAGCUUGUGAGGACCGAGAUGCCGCGCACCGGUUGGUGUUUGGUUCAUCCCGAUCCAAACACCUUCGGAACAAAAACCACCCAAAGAACAAUGAUCCUUGCAUGCUGUGUUGGUACCAUUCGUUAUGGGUGGGCCAUCUCCACCAGUUGUCGUAUCCCAUCCUCAUGGCUGUCAAGUAAAUUGAGAUCCUUGUCCUCUUCCUGGGCCGCUCCUCGUUCAGACUGACUCUGUUCAAUGCUAAACUUCCCUGUCAGCGCGCCUAUUCCGCUACUAUGGUAUGUCGAUGGUGAUGAUGAUGAUGGUGGUCCAUACAACUUACAAGUACUCCGUACCCUCACUCCAACGAACGAUUCUUAGCACGAACUGUCGAGAUCCGCAUGUUCAUCCGACUACCACGGCCAAGACCAUGGUGAGAGUCUUUGCCA